CCCUCGGGGACCAGCAUAAAAGUCGGCCCAGCGCCUCUCUCCCUCACACACUUCUCCUGACACCUUCUCCUCCCUCCGCGCUCAACAAGGGCUCCUCCACACCACACACAUGGCCUGCUACGACGUCUGCCGCCCCUGUGGACCCACCCCGCUGGCCAACAGCUGCAACGAGCCCUGUUCCCUGCAGUGCCAGGACUCCCGCGUCGUCAUCCAGCCUUCCACCGUGGUGGUCACCCUGCCAGGACCCAUCCUCACCUCCCACCCCCAGAGCACCGCCGUCGGAUCCUCCGCAUCGGCUGCCGUGGGCAACGAACUCGGUGCUCAGGGAGUUGCCAUCAACUCCGGCGCUUUUGGCUAUGGCUUCGGUGGCCUGGGCUGCUUUGGUGGCAGAAGGGGUGGCUACAUCUGCUAAGGGCUCUCGCCACCACCCGUGAUGCCAACCACACACACCCUGGAAGCCACGCCACACAUUCAGGACAUGCACCUCUAGGCCCUUCCUGGCACAUGGACCUGCUGUCCAUGGCUCCUCGUCUGCAGGCACCAAGCACGGAAGCAGGGAAGUUGCCAGCCUGGGCUGCCUGCGUACCUCGAUGAAGGUCCUUCUCCUCUUCUCCCACAUCUUUCUUUGCACCUCAGACUUGUGCUGUUCCACUUGGCACUCCUGCCUUUUCACACUUCUCCCUCAAUAAAGUUCUCCUUCAUCCCA